AAGAAGAAGAAACACGGAAGUGUCAAACAACAUGAUUGUCUAUGAGCAAUCCAAACAUCAUAUUUUAUAAAUUCUCUGGUAUUACGUUUAUUCAAACGUGUGACCCACAAACUAACAGUGUUCAUCUUCAGGUCGGAACCAGUCUGGGACAGUUUUGAUCAGCAUGGCGUCUGACAAACAACAUUGCUCGUGUUGCUCCCAUCCUGCCUCCUCUCCCAGUGUUUACCAGACACUGGAUGAAAUGGAUUUUGAACGAGGCAUCUGGUCUGCUGCAAUGGCCAGUGACCUGGAGAGGGUUAAGUCGUUGGUCCAGAAGGGCACAGACAUCAACGUGAGGGACUCGUCCGGAUACACAGCCCUGCACUAUGCAAGUCGCAGUGGCCAUCUUGCUGUGUGCAAGUUUCUUCUAGAUAAUGGUGCAUGUGCGUCUUCGCAGACACCAGGUGGUGCCACGCCGCUCCAUCGGUCAGCGUACUGCGGUCACUUGGACGUGGUCAGACUCCUCCUGCACCAUAGGGCAAAUCCUACGCUCUGUGAUGACGACGGUGCAACCCCUUUACACAAGGCUGCAGAGCAGGGCCAUGAAGAGGUGUGUCGGCUGCUUGUUGAGAACUGUCCAGCACUUUGCAGCCAGAAGAACAAGCGGCUCCAGCUGUCCCACCAGCUGGCACAGCAGGGAGAUCUGCAGGAGCUCUUAAAACCCCCUUGGUGAUGGCGAACACACACUGCAUAAGGGGCAUGCUGUGUUUCUAAUAUCAGACAAAUGAAAUGAACUUGAAUUUACCAGGUGAGGUCCACAUGACUCAGGAUCACGUUGACCUGGAUUCACCAUAUUGGACUGAUUAUAUUUCUCAACUGCGCAUCAGCAAACACCACUGAGUGAAUCAGGGUGUACAAAACAUAACAUUUUCUAUAUUUAUACAACAGAUAUCAGCCUGUUUUUUAAUUGUGCUACGAUGAGCAAAUGAGUCAUUUAGUUCUUCACGAUCAACAGCAUCUAGCCUCACUGCAGUAUUUAUGAUUUUAAAUGUCAUGUUUGACACAGCAGUUUACAGUAAAACCGGAGGCAGUAUGUAUCUCAGUUAGGAUUAUUGUUUGUUUAAUGUUAUGGUCCAAUGUGUAGGAUUUAUGAGGGGUCGAAUAGCGUAUUUGGACUGUAGUCAUCGUUACAUUUCCAUUCAUAUAUAAUCAUCUGAAAUGUUUUCUUUACCUUAGAAUUUGUCAUUUUUUAUCUCUGGCUGCAGGGGGCGCUGUUGUCUUACAAACAUCAUGUUUUUUGUUCAGUUCACCAUAUGAAUUCACUGCCAGCUUUUACACAGUGACCUCAUUGGCUCCUCUUAGUGCAUUGCUGGAAAACUAAACAGAGUAACUGUGAGAAAGAGAGAAAAACAUCAGUGUCUCCAUUAUUUACUUUGUAUUAAUGAAGUGGAAAAAAUAAAUCAGGUUAUACAGACAAAUAAAGUCAACAUGGUCUUUAGGAACAUUCAUAAACAGCCCUCAUCAUUCCUCAGUGAUCUGUGUCUCAAAUUACUUUUACUGUACUAGUUGCAUGUCUUUCUAACGAUUUUAGCAAACACUUAAGUUCUGCUGCUUCUAGUGUGAAGCGUUGACACUUUCCUACACUGAGAUCAGAAGCUGAUGGUCGAUGUUUUUUUUCAUAUUUAUAGUGAGUUAACGACCUGAAACCUGAAACUGUUUACAAACGUCGAACCUCUUGCUGCUGAUUUGCCACCUUGUGUUUUUUAAGAAAACUUCUGUGCUUGAAUACAUCAUUGUUAAACAGUUCUAAAAGUAUUGGCAGUAAUUAGAUUUGUGUCAUGUCUCUCACUGACAAGAAUUGUCUUCUCUUACGUUAUUAAAGACAGAACAUAUCA